CACUCUAAAAACAUGGCUUGAUAUGGUUUUGCUCGGAGGUUUUUAACAUUUUCUUCUCGAGAGAAGAUGUGCUUUGUGAAGAUUCAAACGCAAACGACAAGCUGCUGUGAGGAGAGAUCCGCCAGGGAGGAUUAUCAGAACACCUGAGCGCUUUGCGCUGCGUAAAGAAGAUGGAGAGCGCGCUUGGAAAGGCGAGAGAGCGGAGCGCAAUGCAGCGCUUCAGCUCCAGCGGCAUGGCGCUCUUACCGUGGACCAGACAGAUCCUGACAGUACUGUGGGAAAACGUCCGCUUAAUGCUUCAAGUCAUCUGUUGCAGUCUAAUGGCAGUUUUUCAGAUGUUCAGAUUUGAAGUUCACCUGCGCAUCACAGAUGACACAGGGGAACAUAUACAGCACAUGACGAAUGUCCAUGGUGAUACCGAUGGUUUUCUUCUGUCAUCACUGUUUGAAAGCAACAAGAACGUUGUAGUGGCAGGUCCGAGUCCUCUGUCAAGGUUUAACAAGGAUCCUUUCAGCCUAAAUUCGCAUUCCAGGUCUGUUCUGUCCAGUCUUGUGAAUGACGAUCUCUGCUGCUCACUGGUGGACAAUUUAGUAUCCCAUGCAACUGAGUGUCUCGGUGAUGAAGAAGAUGGGUGUGUAGGAGAGCAAUUUGGCUGGAAGCACCGGUUCGACUGGAAUUUUCAUACAGGCUUAGAGACUAAAUUAGAUGAAGACUGUGUACCAAGUCUUUAUGGGCAGGAGUUCCAGAAACAGACUGACUGUUGCACAGGAUUGGAAUGUAAUUUGUCAAGGUUAAAGUGCAAAAGUCAAAGUUCAGAUAGCGAGUUCAGUUGGGGCAGCUCAGACAGUUCCUCCAUAGAUAGGGAGCGAGAGGAUAGUGAUGGGCUCUGGGAUCUUCUUAGGUGUUCCAAUGAUCCAUACCAUCCACUGCACUUCACAGCAUGUAUGUCCAGUACAGUUACUAAUAGACAGAGAACACAAACGGGAUCAAGUCAGCAAAAAAACGAGUUCACAUCAACACCAUCUGUUGUGGCCUGUUGCUCAGAUUCUAGUGAGCAAGGACACACUGAGACUGUCAACUCGGAAGAUGAAGAGGAGGCAUUGUGGAAAUCUCUAUCUUGGGAUGAUGAUCCUUACCACCCAUUGAAUUUUAGAGCUCCUCUCAGCAGUGCACAUGCAAUUACAAACUCCUCUGAGAAAAGCUCCAAAACAUCCAGAGGCCCCAUAAGCAUGAGACGUCCAAAGCCAUUUUUGAAGCAAAGGCAAGUUGUCAGUCAUCGAUGUCCUCAGCUGUGUGUGGAGAAACCAGCUAAAGUGCCCUGGAAAAGGCCCAUAAAUAAGACUGUUGAUGCCAGCAUGAUAAAGAAAAUGCCCACUGUGAAAAGGGUGAAAUUCUCUCCAGUUGUCCAAAUUCACAAGAUGAAAGCCUGGUCAUUUGCUCUUCAAGCGUGCCGUAAGGGGCCAUGGGAGGAGCAUGCUCGGGAUAGGGACCGUUUCCAGAGAAGAAUUUUGGAAACAGAGCAGGCUAUUGGAUAUUGUUUCAUGCGAUCACACAGAGAUAAGUUUUUGAACUAUCACGAAAGCACACUACCGAAAUAA